AGUCUUAAAUUGUCAAUUUGGCCGCAAAAAUCGUAUAAAAGCGGCGAAUUGUUUUGCGAAUUAUCACAAAAUGUUUCGUUUGGUUGUGCUCCUCCUCGGCGUGGCCUCGGCCCUAGCUUUGCCAACCGAGCGACUUUUGCCUGGAGCUCUUCCCGCCACCACUUCUUCGAGAUAUCUCCCGUUUCGGGAAAUUGGGAAUCGAAUUAUUAAUGGUUCCCCAGCUUCGUUGGGUCAAUUCCCAUAUCAGGCGGCCCUUUAUUUGAAAGUCAGUGGCGGUACUUCCUUCUGUGGAGGUGCUCUUAUUACCCCAACUUACAUCCUUACAGCUGCUCACUGCACCCAAGGAGUUACUGCCAUAACUGCAGUUUUGGGAAUCACCGAUUUGAACGGUUCUGGAGGGGUUCAAGCUCAAGCAAGCCGUGCUAUUAACCACCCGAACUAUUCCUCCAGUACUCUAGCUAAUGAUAUCGCUCUGAUCCAAUUGUCAACAUCUGUGGCUACGUCUAGUAACGUUAAAACCAUUUCUUUAGCUUCCAGUACUUUAGGGAGUGGCGUUUCGGUCACUGUGAGUGGUUGGGGAAAAACCAGCGACAGUUCGUCCAGUAUUAGUCAAACUCUUAAUUACGUUGGAUUGACUACUAUCACAAAUGCGGUCUGUGCCAACACAUAUGGUAGUAUUAUCCAGUCAGGGAUAGUUUGUGCCAAGGGCAGUACCACUCAGAGCACUUGCAAUGGUGAUAGUGGUGGCCCAUUGGUUACUGGGUCCGGUUCCAAUGCCCUUCAUGUGGGUAUUGUGAGUUUCGGUAGUUCCCAGGGAUGUGCCAAAGGUUUGCCAUCGGCAUAUACCAGAACUGCGGCUUACAGGACUUGGAUUAAGACGUACGCUGGUGUGUAAACACGAUCGAGAUUGUUAUUUGAUUAGAUAAGGAAAAGUGCAAUAAAUCAUGUUUAAAAAAUUGGUGUUUUUUUUUCGAGCGGCACUUUUUCAACGGUCAACAUUUUGGUACAGUUGGUAAAAUCCCGAAUUCAGUGCCGAAAUGUUUGACUUGAAGCCGACUUAUAACACAAAUUGGUAUUGUAAAUAUAAUUGACUAAUAAAGGAAAUAACAAAUAAA